AUGGCUGAUCCUGAAAGUCUUGUUAAAUUGAGGAAAAUUGCUAAACCAGGCAUCAUGAGGGUAGAAACUUGGUUCACUAAACAACAAUCUUUCAAAUUAGAAGAACGUGUAGUGCAAAAAGAACAGUUAGACAAUUCCUUUAAAGAAUAUUGUGACAUUCAAAAUAAAUUAGAGUUUAUAGAUGAAACCAAAUAUUUUAGUGAUAGGGAAUUGAUAGAGGACAAGAAUUCUAGAGAGGCCUCCAUAAGGAAAGAUGUUUUGAUGGAGGAGAUGGAGGCUAGAUGUGUGGAUAUCUCUAGAGAAUUGCUGGAGUCACAGGAGGAGGUCACGAAAUUGAGGGCUGAAAAUCGUGCUAAGGACGAUCAUAUCAAAAGACUGAAGCGCCAUACCCAGGACUUUGAGGAUGAAGCACUUAAUGCAGAGGAAAGUUUCCUAUCCAGCAUGAAACAAAAAAAAGAAGAAGUUAAAUCCUUGAAACAGAAAAUAAUCGAACUAGCUAAUAUAAACAACUCACAUUUGGACGAGCUGAAGAAAGUCAAAUCAAAGAAUGAACAACUCGAAAGAGAUCUUAAGGAACUGUCAGAAAUUAGGGACAGCAUGCUCACAAGCAUAGAAACUCUGACAGCGGAGAACGAACUAUACCUUGAGGACCUGAAAAGAACGAAACAAAACGUAUUUGAACUCAAUAAUGUUUUGAGUGAAGAAAGACACACGCAGACUGAGAACUCUGAAACAGCGGAAUCUAUUCAUGGUAGUGGUAGUACAAUGGUAAUUAUUCGAAAACUAGUUGUGUUAACUGAUGAAUAUUGUCGGUACCUUUAUGAACCUUUAAAGAAAAAAAUUGGCAACAAUAUCACAUUGCAGCUUAUAUCUAAACACGGUGCGUCUUUCUCAAGUAUAAAUGUAGACUCUGAUUGUUAUAUUGAUGGUCUGACAAGCAACGAUUAUGUAAUGGUUGCAGUUGGCUCCAAUAAUGAGUCAAUUUCAUUGCACGAUGUUACUCUGUUAGCUAAUAAGUGCUUUUAUACUAACUUAAUUUUUUGUACUUCUCCAGCGCGGUUUGACGGUUCAGGACGGUCUUUCGUUGUUGAGCAACUGAAUAAUAACUUGAGAAGAUAUGCUUCAAAUUUAAGAAUGUCCUCUAACACCAUAGGUCUAAUUGAGUUAUCUAAUAAGUUCUAUGCUAGGCACUAUUGCAGAAAUAACUAUUUUUUAAAUAUUUAG